AGUCGUGUAAAUAAAAGUGUAGUGGGACCCAGAAGGAUGCAUUCUUUCUCAAGGACACUGAAGGACCGGAGGAGAGGAGGGUGGAGGGACAAAAAGAGGGAGACCGAGUCAUGUCACGCACACUUGAUAACUCCUAUGAAGCGGGAGCUAACCCUAGCUUGCUGAUCACCUCUGGGAUGAACCACAGAGCGCCAGCCGUUCAUCACAACUGCCGACCUGUGGGUCACCAUGACAGCCCCAGAGCUCGGAGUCGCGACAACCUGCUGAUGUACGAUGACUUUGGAGAGGAAAGCUGUUUCUCUGGACGAUGCCUUGGACACAGCAGCUCAGAGAGACAGCUCUUGGCUCCUCUCAGCGCUGUUAAACGACGCCAGGCCCUCCGUGGUCCUGCCUACAUGUUCUCUGCUCCCUCCAUCAGCCUGUCAGAGGUGGAGCAACGUUUCCUGGAGGCUGCAGAAUACGGAAACAUACCAGAGGUGCGGCGCAUGCUGCUCCACGUGCCCAACUUAAAUGUCAACGCGGUGGACUACAUGGGCCAGAAUGCAUUGCAGCUGGCUGUGGCUAACGAACAUCUGGAGGUGACGGAGCUGCUGCUUGGGAGGCCGGAUUUGGCCAGAGUGGGUGACGCCCUCCUGUUAGCUAUCAGUAAAGGUUAUGUUCGUAUCACAGAGGCAUUGCUGAGUCACCCUGCAUUUAGAGAUGCCCAUCGUCUGACAGCAAGUCCUGCUCAAGCAGACAUGUUGGAUGACUUCUACGCUUAUGAUGAAGAUGGAACAAGGUUUUCUCAUGAUGUGACUCCAGUAAUCCUCGCCGCUCACUGCCAGGAGUAUGAGAUCGUCCACACUCUGCUGAGCAAAGGUGCUCGCAUUGAUCCCCCUCAUGAUUACUUCUGCGGCUGUGACUCCUGUAACUACCAGCAGCAGUUUGACUCCUUCAGCCACUCACGAUCCAGGAUCAAUGCCUACAGAGGACUCGCCAGUCCUGCUUACCUUUCUCUGUCCCAUGAGGACCCAGUUCUGGCUGCUCUGGAGCUCAGCAACGAACUGGCUAUGCUGGCUAAUAUUGAGAAAGAAUUCAAGCACGAUUACUGCUGUCUUUCCAGCCAGUGUAAAGACUAUGUGGUAGGUCUACUUGAUCUGUGUCGCAGCACCGAGGAGGUGGAUGCCAUUCUGAGUGGAGAAACUGAUUCUGAAGACUGCUAUGAUAUACCAGGUCGCCCAUCUUUAGCACGGCUUAAAUUAGCCAUCAAGUAUGAACUGAAAAAGUUUGUGGCUCAUCCAAACUGCCAGCAGCAGCUUCUGAGCAUCUGGUAUGAGAACCUGCCUGGCCUGAGACAACAAACCACAGCUGUCAAGCUCCUGGUGGUGCUGGCUGUGGCAAUAGGACUGCCUGGACUGUCUCUGGCUUACUGGAUCGCUCCAUGCAGCAAAUUUGGGAAGGUGAUGCGAAGCCCAUUCAUGAAGUUUGUUGCCCACGCCUCGUCCUUCACCAUUUUUCUGGGUCUUCUCAUCCUGAACGCCGCAGACCGUUUUGCAGGCACCACCCUGUUAGCAAACAUGACCCACCAUGAGCUCCCAGGAGGACCCCAGCACAACUCUGACCCCCUGCUGCUCUACCGCAUGACCACCACACCCUUCACAUGGAUGGAGAUCCUCAUCAUUUCAUGGGUCAUGGGAAUGAUCUGGGCCGAAGUGAAGGAGAUCUGGAGUCAAGGGCCGGGCGAGUAUCUGCUCGAGCCGUGGAACUUCCUGGACUUUGGGAUGCUGGUGAUCUUCCUCACCUCCUUCAGCUGCCGGUUCUCCACUCUGAGACGCGCCCACUUAGCUCAGACCUACGUGCGCACUCACUACACAACGCUGAUUAAUGUCACGCUGCCUCCAGAGAUACACUACUUCACACUGGCUCGUAUCCACUGGUUACCGUCAGAUCCUCAGCUGGUGUCGGAGGGCUUGUACGCUGUUGCCGUGGUGCUCAGCUUUUCCCGUAUCGCUUACAUCCUCCCAGCCAAUGAGAGCUUCGGCCCUCUGCAGAUCUCUUUAGGAAGGACAGUCAAAGACAUCUUUAAGUUUAUGGUUAUUUUCAUCCUGGUGUUUCUGGCCUUCAUGAUCGGCAUGUUCAACCUGUACUCUUAUUACCUGGGAGCAAAGCAGAACGACGCCUUCACCACCCUGGAGGAGAGCUUCAAGACCCUCUUCUGGGCCAUAUUUGGACUGUCAGAGGUCAAGUCUGUCGUGAUCAAUAACGGACACAAAUUCAUUGAGAACAUUGGCUACGUGCUCUACGGGGUUUAUAACGUUACCAUGGUGAUAGUGCUGCUCAACAUGCUCAUCGCUAUGAUCAACAGCUCGUUUCAGGAGAUUGAGGAUGACGCUGAUGUUGAGUGGAAGUUUGCACGAGCUAAACUCUGGUUUUCUUACUUUGAGGAGGGAAGGACGCUCCCUGUGCCCUUUAACCUCUUCCCCAGUCCAAAGUCUGUGCUUGGACUGGCUAUGGCCAUCAAAUCCCUGCUGCUGUCCUUUGUAUCAGGACACAGUGAGCAGAAAACAGAGACACAGCUCAACCAGCUUGGGGGAAGCAAAAACUCAGGAUUUGUUGCUUCUACCAGCCCAACCAGAUAUCAGAAAAUCAUGAAGCGGUUGAUAAAGCGAUACAUUAUUAAAGCUCAAGCAGACAGAGAGAGUGAUGAGAUCACUGAAGGAGAGUUGAAAGAGAUAAAGCAGGACAUUUCAAGCCUACGGUACGAGCUGCUGGAGGAGAAAUCACAGAACAUGGAGACACUGGACGGACUGUUGAGGAGGCUGGGAGAGAUGAGCACACCUGCAGAUUAGAACCACCUGAUGAUGAGCACAUAGAGUUGUAAAAACUUUAAAGACUUCGGUUUGUCUGUUGUACAUAUACUAUGGUAGCCUCUAAAACUCGAUAUAGAAAUAUGAAAAUGUAUGCGUAUUGAAAUUAUCUAUUUAUGUCAUUCCUUUUGUUAUAAAACACACAAAUCCAAAGAACAGUUUUGAAUCAAUCAAGUAAAGUACUCAUUUAUUCAAGAUGAAAUGCAAUAAAAACUCCCUCUGAAAGAAAAGUCAGAGGCCUCAGUUUGUCCUCCAACUCCUACAAAAAUAUUCCACCAUAAUCACUUAAACCUUAACAAACAAAAAUACAUAGAAGUACAGCACUGUGCAGAACUUUUAGGAAUGUUAGGACCAAAAGAUCAGUCUGAAGUAGUGCUGCCUGAAGGCACUGUGGGGCUGGAAGGAUUGACACAACAGUGCUCUGUAUGUCUUUGCAUAUUACCUGAAGCAUUAGAAAAUAAUGUGCUGAAAUUAUAACAAAGUUCAGACCUUUAGGGCGGAGUAGCAAGUAAGGACAGCCUAAGGUACUGUCUCAUCAGGUAGUAGGGCUGCCAUGAGCUCCAGGUUUUGAUGUGGAUAUCCCAAGGGCCGAAAAAAGAUGUAUGCCAUCGAGCUUGACCUUGACUUCCAGGCGACAUGAAUACGUCAAUGUGUCGAGCUUUACCUCCCCCCCCCAGGUUGUGGUACAUAAGGCCCACGAUGAAUCCUUCAUAAGUUCAAAAUGAGCAUCAGAAUGGGGAAAAAAGAUGAUUUCAGUGACUUUAGGCCUGCCAUUGUUACUGGUGGUCUGGCAGGCUCUUAUGUUAGUUCUGACCAUACCAUAAAUUUUGCAGCACAAAUCAAGAUCAAUCCAGUUUUGCUGAGUUCCUGUUAACUGUAAUCUCAGUUUCCUUUUCUUAGCUGAUAUGAUUGGCCCUCCUUGUGCUCUCCUGCUUCUGUAGCCCCUCAGCUCAAGGUUCAACAUGUUGUGCUUUCAGAGAUGAUCUUCUGCAUACCUCAUCUGUAACAACUGGUUGAGUUAUUUUUGCCUCUCUGUCAGCCUGAGCCUGUCUGGUCUUUCUCCUCUGAACUCUCUCAUCAACAAGGCACUAUUUUCUGUGAACCCUAGAGACAGUUGUGAGUAAAAAUCCCAGUGGACAAGCAGUUUGACCAAUCCAUCCAUGGCAGGUUCAAAAUUACUUGUAUAACCUUUCUUCCCUUCUGAUGCUCAGUUUGAACUUCCCCUUGAUCAUGUCUACAUGAAUAAACACAUUGGUUGAUGCCAUGUGAUUCUCAGAUUAGAUUUAUGGUUUAAUGACUGUUGAUUUUAUAUUACAAACAGUUUAAUUUUACAUAUUUUUGCUCAAACCUCUAUUUUAAAUAGAAAGAAU